UUUAAAGCCCUUUUUUUUAUUGCUACUUGGAUUUUCCGGUUUAGUUGGUCUUUUUUUCCAUUAAUUAAAACUACUUAUUCCCUGCUCAUCUCUUCCCUUUGAUCCAGAAGCUAUUUGAAUAUGGAAUAUAAAGAAUAUCACGAAAUCGAAUAUGACCACUAUGGUGGAGACAUCAUUAUUAGGUGUCCAUUUGAAAUGUGCCAUGCUAGAGUUAUACCACUCGCUACCGUUCGAGGUACUGAAAUUUUAAUCCAGAAUUCUCCGGAUAUGCUUCAAAUAAAAGAUAAUCAUGCUGUUCCCACUCCAACCAACGGUAAUAUACAAUUUUACAAAGUGAAUGACGUUUGGGAUUUUGAUAAUAUUGGAGUAUCAAAACCAGCCAAUGAUUUGAAACAGCCUAUAAUAAAAGAUAGCCAAGAUUCAGAACCAAUUGAAUUCAAAAUUGAAAGAUUGUUGGUUUGUAGUGAAUGUGAUAAAGGGCCUCUUGGUUUUGCUGGUCACCAAGACAAUAAUACCGAUGUCAAGAGCUUAAAAUACUUUUUAAGCUGUAAAAGUGUUUUAUAUGAAGUUAGAGAUUAAUCACCUAUUGUAUUGCAUUUUACUUCGACCCCGGUCGGGGCUUUAGAAUAAUUUCACUCGUCAGAAAAUGAUAUUAAU